UAUAUGUCUGAUUAGGAGGACUAAAUAAAUGGAGAUGAUAAUGAAAAUUAGGUUAAUAAUUCUCAAGAGAAGGAAGAAUAAGAAAAAAAGGAGUAUUUCAAAGAGCUUGUUGCUAGAUUGAAAGAAGUCUAGGCUUAAAUUAAGUAAACAAAGGCUGAUAUAGAAGAAGAGAAAUAAGUAUUCAUGUUAAGUGAUUAGAACCUAGUUAAGACAAGAGGCCACAACAAAAUUGGAGGAGAAAAGAGAUCAAAUCAAAAAGCUCUUGAUUAAAUAAAAUCAAACAACAACUGAUGUACAUUUGCGAAUAUUCAUUAGAAAGUUGAAGCGUUGAUUAGAGAGACACUUGAAAACCUUGUUCAACAGACUUUACAAAAGCAAUAGGAAUUGAGAGAUCUCAAAGAAAAUGAAAAAGAGAGAUCCUUUUUAAAUUAUGAAUUAGAAUUGCAAUUUAGAAAUUUAAGGUGCUGCUUUAUUUAAUUAAUAUAGAAAGUAUGUCAGUGAAGUUAGAUAAGAAUUGUAAGAGAGUGAUUAACAUGCUCAAAAAUUAAAAAUAUAAAUAUAAAAAUAAACUAAUACUAAUUUACUCUUAAGAACUGAUGUCGAUGAAAAAUCAUAAAAGAUAUAACAAUUAAAAUAGGAAGCUUAAUAAUUAAGAGCAACAAUAUAAAAUUUAAAUGAUGUUAAAAAGGUUAUAAAUAGAGUUUCAGAUCAAGAGUAAAUUAUUAUAGAAGGUAAUGCUCAGAGAAAACCCAGAAAUUCCUAUAAUAACAAGUCUGCCUCAUAGUAAAGAGUUAAUUAUAAUGCACAUGAAGUUGAUGAUAAUUUCUGGUAUGGCGAAAAGUAAUUAAAACUGCCGUCAGUUCAAUCGACUAGGAAAAAGUAAUGA